CACAAUGGCUGACUCGCAAACGUUUUGGUGAUUGAGAAUAAAUAUCUUCGAUAAAAAAAUCGUACUUGAUUAAUGUCUGCAUUUUUACGGAAAGUUCCUUCUUCUUACUUGUACAAGCUAGUUACUCCAUGUAUUUUAAGUAGGGUUAGAAAGGCCGGACCUAUUGUAAUCGUAGCGAACACGCUCAGAAUGUCUGCAACGAUGGGGAAUUCGAACAAAAAAAUGAAGUCGUCGUCUAAAAAAACAGUUUCUAAUUCAAACAAUAUGACAAUACAAGAAAUCAAAGAAAAGUACCUUAAUAUGCCAUUGGAUGAAAAGCGAACUAAGUACAAGUGUAAGAAGUAUGUUACGGUCAAUGAAAUCAAGCCUUGGCAAGAACAUGGACUAGCAGUGAUAGAAAAGUAUCCAGCAAAAGAUGUGGCUCCAAAGUAUGAAGUUGAUGAUGAGUUGAAUAAGAAAAUUUCGCUCUGGACAGGGGACAUAACUACUCUGGAAAUUGAUGCCAUCAUCAACGCUGCCAAUAAAAGUUUGCUGGGUGGUGGAGGAGUUGAUGGAUGUAUUCACCGCAUGGCUGGGUCGUACCUUUAUGAUGAAUGUGUGACACUUAAUGGAUGUAGUACAGAGGACGCUAAACUCAGUGGAGGUUACAGACUUCCUGCCAAAUAUGUCAUUCAUACAGUGGGUCCAAUAGGGGAGCAAGAAGCCAAACUAAGUAGCUGCUACAACAGGUGUCUGGAUAUAGCCAUGGAAACUGAUAAUAUUAAGACCAUAGCAUUUCCAUGUAUUUCGACUGGCAUAUAUGGAUAUGAUAUUGAGAAAGCUACACCAGUGGUCAUGAGGACAGUGCGAGAAUGGCUUAAGAAACCGGAAAACUCGGAAAAGAUUGAGCGGAUAAUUUUCUGUGUAUUCUUGAAGGGAGAUGUGGCUGUGUAUGAGGAAAAUCUUCUCCAGUAUUUCCCUGUAGAAACUGUGGAAGAAAAUAAAAUCAGAGAAACAAACACGCAAACUAAAAAAAAAAAUAAGACGAAAACUAAAACUCCCCAACAAGGCAAUAAUACCACAUCAAAUGGAAAUACAGGGUUUAAGAGAAAUCCUGGGACAGACGAUGAAGAAGACAAAGAAUUGUCAUCAAACACGGAUGACAGUAAGAUCAAUAAAGUUGAAGCUCAAAAGGAAAAUGAGUCCAAACAAACAGGAAUGCAAGGAAGGACGCAUGAUACUGCUAAAACUGGUACAGAUGAGAAGAGAAACCAGAGUGAACAAUUAAAGACUUUGUCAGCUCCUAAUAACAAAAAUACCGCAAAUGAAAAGUCAAUAACUGCAAACAGUCCAAGUAAACAGCAUGAAACUGAAGACUAUCAAAAAAAGGAGCAUGAAAACAAGCAUCAUGAUGAGAGUACAUUGGCGUCCCAAGAUGCUGAUCACAAUAAGCAAACAGAGAUUGCUGAAAUAAAUGAAGGUGACAAUGCAGAUAAAAGUGGUGAUGUUCCACCAGAAAAAAAGUAACCUCGGGAAGAAAAAAAUUUGUUAACUUUUAUCAUUUUAUGUAGUUUUAUUUUUAAACCCUGAAUUAACCUGUUUCAAUGUAUUUUGUUUGGCUUCAAAAACUAUUAUUGGAUGAAACCUUAAUUCUUACAAAUGACAAGAAUAGCAAAUAUUAUUUCAGUGGUACAUGGAUAUCAGAUUUACCUGUUUUAUCGAAAUGUGUGUAUUCUUUGGAUGAAACCUUCUGUUUUAGCCAUAUGUUAUACAGAGUAAUUAAUUGGAGUUGGUCUGUAUUAAACAUGCAUUUUGCCCCUGUGACCCAUAUACAUUUUUGAACAGUUAAACACUCUUAAAAUUGUAUUAUAAUGUGGAUUUGUGAUGCUUUAUUUAUGGUUGAUUUUUGUUAAAUAUCCAGUUAUUGCUUUAAAGGUUUAUCUUCAACAGCUGUUAAGCAAUUAUGUAUCAUUUAAUAUAGAAUGUUUCACAUUGUUUGGGAAACAGAACAUUCUUGUAUAUAGAUUACAUUUCAUAAAAUGCCAAAACUUUUUUCACAUGCAUAUGGGAUAUAAGGAUUUGUUUAUGUUUUUUUGGCAUAUUUUCCAUUAUAUUUAGAUAUGUUCUAAAAUUGCCCAUAAAUAUAGUAUUUAUUUUGUUAUGUAACCUUAAUGAAUUUGGAUCUUUUCAAAAAUGAAUGGAAGAAAAACACUUCAGACGUUUGGAUGAAAAUAAUAUAUUUGUGCAAUGGAACUUUUAAUUUAUAAAUAAAGACCAAGAAGAGCCUUGUCUUGUUAAUUUGUUUGACUAAUUGCAGACUAUGUAGUAUACUGUUAUUGGACUAAUCAGGUAUAAAUCGCCAGACCAAAGAAAAUAAUUACAUUUUUUGUUUGUAAUAAAUGAAUUGUAUAUAAAUGUUUAAAUGCGCAGGGUUCAAAUUGAAUAUAAACUUUCAGUGCUGGGUACACAUUGAGGACACACACGUAUGUGUGGAUUGAGCCGAGAUGCAUCACCAGCUGUUACAAGGUAAACAAAAUGUUAUUUUAUAAGUUUAAUAAAAAGCAAUUAUUUAUUAUACCCCAUUACCAUUGGUAAUGGGGGCUAUAUAGGAGUCACUUUGUCUGUCUGUCGGUCUGUCUGUCCUGAAAAUUUCAUCCUAUCUGCACCAAACUUGGUCAGAAGUUUUAUCUAGAUGAUGUCUAUGUCAAGUUUGAAUAUGGGUUAUGCUGUGUCAAAAACUAGGUCACGGAGUCACUUAGUGCGUUUUAAACCGAAAGUUUGUCCGGACCAUAACUAUUGCAUUUAUUGUUAGAUUUUUAAAUGACUUGGUGCAAUUGUUCACGUUCAUGGGACGGUGUGUCAUGCGAAAGAAGUACGUCAAUAUCUCUAAGGUUAAGGUCACACAUGGAGUUUCCCAUUAAUGAGCUUGUCUUGGCCAUAACUUUGUCAUUUUUUGUGAGACUUUAAAAUCAUUUGGCAAAUUUGUUCACCAUAAAUGGACAGUGUGUCAUGUGAAAGAAUUAUGUUGAUUUCUCCAAGGUCAAGGUCACACUUUGAGUUCAAAGGUCAAAAAUGGCCAUAAAUGAGCUUGUCCGGGCCAAAACUAUGUUGUUCAUUGUGAGAUUUUAAAAUCAUUUGGCACAUUUGUUUCGCACCACCGGAUGGUGUGUCAUGCGAAAGAAUUAUGCCGAUAUCUCCAAGGUCAAAGUCACACUUUGAGUUCAAAGGUAAAAAAUGGCCAUAAAUGAGCUUGUCUGGGCCAUAACUAUGUUGUUCAUUGUGCAAUUUUAAAAUCACAGGGCACAUUUGUUCACCAUCAUGGGACGGUGUGUCAUGCGAAAGAAGUACGUUGAUAUCUCCAAGGUUAAGGUCACACAUGGAGUUGCCCUUAAAUGAGCUUGUCUGGGCCAUAACUUUGUCAUUUAUUGUGAGACUUUAAAAUUAUUGGCAAAUUUGUUCACCAUAAAUGGACAGUGUGUCAUGUGAAAGAAUUAUGUUGAUUUCUCCAAGGUCAAGGUCACACUUUGAGUUCAAAGGUCAAAAAUGGCCAUAAAUGAGCUUGUCCGGGCCAAAACUAUGUUGUUCAUUGUGAGAUUUUAAAAUCAUUUGGCACAUUUGUUCGCACCACUGGAUGGUGUAUCAUGCGAAAGAAUUAUGUCGAUAUCUCCAAGGUCAAAGUCACACUUUGAGUUCUAAGGUAAAAAAUGGCCAUAAAUGAGCUUGUCUGGGCCAUAACUAUGUUGUUAAUUGUGAGAUUUUAAAAUCACAGGGCACAUUUGUUCACCAUCAUUGGACGGUGUGUCAUGCGAAAGCAUUACGUCGAUAUCUGCAAUUUCAAGGUCACACUUGCAGUUUAAAGGUCAAAAAUGGGCAUUUAUAGUGAGCUUUUAAAAUUACUCGGUACAUUUGUUCACAAUCAUUGGACGGUGUGUCAUGCAAAAGAAUUACGUCAAUAUCUCCAAGGUCAAGGUAACACUUUUGAGUUCAAAGAUCAAAAAUGGCCAUAGAUGAUCUUGUCCAGGCCAUAACUAUGUCAUUCAAUGGGAGAUUUUAAAAUUACUCGGUACAUUUGUUCACAAUCUUUGGACGGUGUGUCAUGUGAAAUAAUUACGUCGAUAUCUCCAAGGUAAAGGUCACACUUGAAGUUCAAAAAUAAAAAAUUGCCAUAAAUGAGCUUGUGCGGGCCAUAACUAUGUCAUUCUUUGUGAGAUUGUAAAAUGACUGCACAUUAAUUUUGUUCACAAUUAUCAGAUGGCGUGUCAUGCAAAGAAUUCAAGAGUUCAAAGGUCAUAAUGGCAUAAUAAUUCUUAUAAAUCGCCAUAAAUUAGCUUCUCUUGUUUUGUGAAGACAGCAUGCAAAAUAUUCUGUGUCAAUGCAGCAUGUGGGGGUAUACGUUACGUCUGUGAUAAAGCUUUUGUUUGGUUUGAUGUAGUUUCAAAUUGAUUUCUAAACUGGAUCAUUUUAAAAAAAAGGAAUAGACUUUUAACAGGAGCUCAAUAAAUUAUGAUUACUUUGUGGAAUAUGAUGAAUGUUUGUUGGUUUAUAUGGCCUCUGAAGUUCUUAGUUGUGUAUGGCAGUGCUAAAUUCUUGGCUUGGGUUAUUGUUGUUGAUAUCAAGUACAAGUUUUGUACAAAUAGUUAUUUUUGUUGAGCAUUUGUUGUUUUACAGGUUAUUAUCCUUGUAUUGUAAGUCAUUUUAAUCAAGUUUUUGAAAUGUUACCUUUAAAACGAUUUAUCGCUUUGCCUUUAAAACAUUGUUUGUAAUUAUUAUUAUUUGGAAAAGUUUUUACUAUAUGUACACACAAAUGACAAAUCUAGUAUUCAUGUUGCGUAAUAAAUCAGCUGUCGUGAAUUAAAGCAAAUAUGUAAGGUCUUUAUGUAAACAUUAAGAAAUUUCAGCAUAUAUUAAUAAGCCUUACAUUUUUAUGUCAUACACAAUACUUGGGCGCACAAGAACAUACCAUAUAUCCUACUUUACCACUAAAUGCAACUUUGAAAAAUUACAGGGUUUAUAUGUGCUUGUUAUAAUAUAUUUUUAUGCCCCCCUUCGAAGAAGAGGGGGUAUAUUGCUUUGCUCAUGUCGGUCUGUCGGUCUGUCCGUCCACCAGGUGGUUGUCAGACGAUAACUCAAGAACGCUUGGGCCUAGGAUCAUGAAACUUCAUAGGUACAUUGAUCAUGACUCGCAGAUGACCCCUAUUGAUUUUGAGGUCACUAGGUCAAAAGUCAAGGUCACGGUGACCCUAAAUAGUAAAAUGGUUUUUGAAUGAUAACUCAAGAACGCAUACGCCUAGGAUCAUGAAACUUCAUGGGUAGAUUGAUCAUGACUUGCAGAUGACCCCUAUUGAUUUUGAGGUCACUAGGUCAAAGGUCACGGUGACCCGAAAUAGUAAAAUGGUUUCCGGAUGAUAACUCAAGAAUGCAUACGCCUAGGAUCAUGAAACUUCAUGGGUAGAUUGAUCAUAACUCGCAGAUGACCUCUAUUGAUUUUGAGGUCACUAGGUCAAAGGUCAAGGUCACGGUGACCCGAUAUAGUAAAAUGGUUUUUGGAUGAUAACUUGAGAACGCAUACGCCUAGGAUCAUGAAACUUCAUAGGUAGAUUGAUCAUAACUUGCAGAUGACCCCUAUUGAUUUUGAGGUCACAAGGUCAAAGGUCAAGGUCACGGUGACCCGAAAUAGUAAAAUGAUUUUCGGAUGAUAACUUAAGAACCCUUUUGCCUAGGAUCAUGACACUUCAUAGGUACAUUGAUCGUGACUCGCAGAUGACCCCUAUUGAUUUUCAGGUCACUAGGUCAAAGGUCAAGGUCACAGUGACAAAAAUCGUAUUCACACAAUGGCUGCCACUACAACGGACAGCCCAUAUGGGGGGCAUGCAUGUUUUACAAACAGCCCUUGUUAUUUUUUGUGUUAAGAGUAAUCUUUUGAUGUUUAAAAAAGUGUUAUGUAGAAUAUGCAUUGAGAGGAGAAACAAACUUGAACAAAUGAGUUGAGCAUUGAAUAGGAAACAUGAAUAUUCACUUAUACACUUUAAAAGUUUAUUAUAAAGCAUGUGUCCCGUAUUCCCUGUAUUUUGUAUGUUAAAAUAACUUGAAAUGUAAAAAAUAUCUUACAUCAAUGAAUACCCAUAUGUUUUACAGUGGUUUCAAACACAAAUUUUUGUAAAUAAUUCAAAAUAUUACAUGUUUUCUAAACUUGAACAUGCAUAUGUAUUCAAACGUGUUUGUUGAGUUUUGGUUUUCGCCGCUUUCAACAAAAUUUCAGUCGUAUCACGGGGGUACAUUAACCAAAUCAUGCUUUGCCAAGUUAAAUGUGGACAUAAGCUUUGUAGUUCUUCAUAACAGUGUUCCUCAGACAAUCUCAUAUGUGCUGUUGAAUAUGUUGUGUUUUUUACAAAAAAUCAUUUCUGUAUGAAUAAAGUGUUGACUGUUAUAAGGUGGUUUGCUAUUAUAAUUAUCAAUACUUAUUUUAUGACGAUGCUAUGCAUUCUGUUUUUGAAAGAUUUUACAUAUAUUCUGAUUAUUGCAUUGAAUUAUGUAUCUGGGAUUCUUAGCCAUUCCCCUACAAAACUGUAUACAUGAACAAUAUCACAAUUUCAGAUUUAUAGCCACACAGGAUUUGCGUUUUUACUGCGUUGUUAUGACGACGCAGGUUAUGGUAUAGAUCAGUUGACGAGUGACGUCACGCGCACCUGCAAAUAUUAGACUCCGCCCACUGGUUGGCAAAAAGAGGUGGAUUUCAUAUAAGCGCGUAAAGAGAUGGUUGACAAAAUCAUCGUUUUUAUUGAUAAUCACGCACAAUAUCAAAUAUAAUUUUGCUAAUUAUGUCUGAAUAAAACAUAAGCGUGCAAGGAAAUGCAUUUUUGGCACGAU